UUACUUGUCACCCUCAUGAUCAUCUUAAAUUUCUAUUAAAAAUGUCGUCAAAGAACAAAAUUUCACCUAAUUCCAGUACUAGUACCAAUGAUAAAUACAUGAUCAUUGUAAACAAGAUCAAUGGUGUGGUUCAAAUUCUCGAUAAGCAAUCCACCUUAUUAAAAGAGCAAAACGCAACAAUAUCAAGAUUUGGCACUAAAUUUUCAGUGUUAGAAUCCGCAAUAGCUGGAUUGAGGAGUGACUACGCUAUGUUAAAGAACGAGAUUAGAGUUACAGCUUCAAGAUUGGAUAAGAGUUUAAAGAGAACUGAUUCAUAUCUUGAAGAAAAAGAACUUAACGUAGCCAUGCCCAACAGUAAUAGCAACCGUGGUAGCAAAAAAGUAGUAAACAUUCAAGUUAUAAAACAUAAAAACCAAGGGAUAAAGGCCAAUCACUAAAAUCGAAACCGAAAUAUUUUAAUCAUGUAAAUAACAUUGGAAGUACUCGCUGGAUUUAAUUCAAUAAAUUCCAUUUUAAUCAUU